AUUGUUUUUUUAUAUGUGUUGAUUACAAAUCACAAGUUAGGUUUCAUUACAGAUUUUUUUUAAAUGCAGUUAAAGAAUCUUCUAGUAAAUUCAUCUUUUCUUCUUUUUUUUUUUUUUUUCCCUUUGGUUGUGCGGCAUGUGGGAUCUUAACCACUGGACCGCCGGGGAAGUCCCAAACUCAUCUUUCUUUACAUAGAGAAAUCAUAAAUGCUUUUCUCCCCAAGGGCUCUAGGAAGGAGAAAUCAGUUUUGGUGGCUUACUUUGUGAGGACAUAAGUACACUUCAACAUUAGCUGCGUGGUUGUUAGGCUGCGCCCUCCAGACCUGCAGACCUUGUAAUUGCCCAGCCGAGAGACUGAAGAAAAAGCCCGGAGACAGUGACACAGAGACAUUAAUGGUUUAUUGGAUAGGGAGUCUUACAAGUCUUACAAUUCAGUAGAUGUGAAAAUUGAUGACCAGAGAAGUCACUUAAGACACAGUUACAUAGUAAUGAAAAGUGGAAGAGGAAUCAAAUCUUAGCACUCUUGGCUCCAGAGUCCAUGUUCUUAAACAUAGAUCAGUGGUUCUUUAAAUAAGCUUGCAUUCCAGUGAGCUAGAGGGCUUGAUGAAACACAGAUGGCUUACUCUGUGUAACUACAGAUGGCUGGGUCCCACUUCAGAGUUUCUGACUCAGAAGUUCUGAGCUGAGGCCUGAGAAUUUGCAUGUCUAACAAGUUCCAGAUACGGCUCCUGAUGCUGCUGGCCUCAGGCACACUUUGAGAACCACUAUAUUAUUAUCUUAAUUAAAUGUUAUUGAAGUGGCCUCCAUUUGACUCUCAAACUAGGAAAUAAAAGAGAAGAGGGGCUUCCAAAUAUUCUGGAAUGGUGAUGUUAUUAGGGUCAAUACAAAAUAUUUUUGCUGUUUUAAGUAGAGGAGAGAGAUCAGAGCAUGGGAAGAACAAGGGAAGAGGAAAUUGACAUUUAGCAUUUACUGGGCACCUCUUGUGUGCCAGGCCUGUGCCAGGUGCUUCAUGUUCAGAAUAUCAUCAUGCCAUAGUAUGAAGUAGGCUGUGAUAUCCGCAUUUUACAGACUAGAAAACUGAAGUCGAGUGAUGUUAAGUCACUUAGCUAAAGUUAUAGAGUGACUAAGGUAGGAUAAGAAUUCAGGUUUGUCUACGCUUGUGGUUUUUCCUCAAAACCACCUUGGAAAUGUGUGUUUGGAGGGCAUUUGGAGAGACCCUGUCAGAAUGAGCAGAAAACUAAAAUUCUGGGUUAAUUGUCUAAUACGUGGCAUGGAACUAUCUUUAAGAAUGUGAAAGUGGUGAUGUGGGAACUGGGGAGACGCUAAGUCUUGCUUUACCCAUAUUUGGAUGAAAAUGGCCUAUUUAAAUGAUUUACCUCUCAGGUAUUAACCUGGGCAAGGGAAUUGCAAGAGUCUCAGGGUAGCCAUGCAAGAAGAGUUACUUCACCUGACAACAGCUUUGGAUUUCAAAUGAUAAAGGAGGUCAAUUACCCAUGAAAAUAUCUGUUUGGGGCUGAAUUGUGCCCCCUCUCUCCCAAUUCACUUGCUGAAGUCCUCACCCCCAGUAUCUCAGAAUAUUAUGUAUUUGAAGAUAGGGCCUUUAAAGAGGUAAUCGAGUUAAAAUGAGGGCAUUAGGGUGGGCCAUAAUCCAAUAAGACUGGUGUUCUUAUAAGAAGAGAUUGGCACAAACACAGAGAAAGGAACACAUGAAGAUACAGGGAGAAGGCUGCUGAUUUUUUUUUUUUUUUUUUUUGGCACUACUGUUAUCCCCAUCUUAAAACAGUGUUGACACAUACUAGGAGUUCAAUAAACAUUUAUCCUUAAGCUAAAUUAAAAUGAAUUAAACAAAAAAUUGAAUGGAAAAAUCUACACGAGUUAAUUUUUACCUCAUGGAAAACUAUGUUGCACCAAAAACUCCCUGGUCUUGGACUCCUCCAUUGCUCAUUAAUAUAACCGUCAUCUUGUUUGUGGACAGGAUGAUGCAGCAUGAGCAAGGUCCUCAGCCACACAGGUGUCUGAAGGUAAAGCUGAGAAUCCCAGGAGCAGAGCAGAAGGAGCUGUGGAAGGGGCACAGAGCUGGAACUUGGGCCAAGUAAGGGGGCCUCACAGGGUUACUCCCAGUAGACUGGCAUGUGGUCUGCUUUCUGCCACCAUAGAUACAAUUUGCAGGUAUGAGGGUGUGCAACCAACUGACCCAGGUGUUAGUCACAGGAUGGGCACUUGGCAAAAUAACUGACCUGGGUAAAAGGCCUUGAGUGUGAAUUACAAAGAAUUUCCCACAGAGAGAAAACAAGCCCCUGUAAUCACAUCACAGCGUUCAGCUCACUGAUUCUGAAUACAGCUACUGCUUACCCUUAGUCAUCUGGAACACACGGCCCCUGGUCCCCAUCGGUCCGAGUACUCUUGACUAGUCAUGCCAUGUGUGCCAAUGAGAUAGCUCUUAGGUUGAAAACAUAAUGAUAGUAACCAGCCCCUUUCCCUAAAUGAAAUGCAGCUGGAUUUCUUUGCCCAUCUUUCAGCUCAGAGUCAAAAUCAAAGUCUCUGGAUGAUAGACUUGGGGGGACUGGAAAUAGGAAACAACAUAUCAUUUCAAACUGUUUCAGAAGGCAGGGGGCUGGAAAGGUGUUGGACCUGGGAGGACAGGGGCUGGAGGGAAAGAUCACAGAACCAGGCCCUAGUUCCAGUCCUGCCAGUGACGUGCUAAGUGAUCCAAGGGAGUCAUUUGUUCUCUGAGCUUCAGUUUCCUCAUCUGCCAAACAGAGGUUUUAGCUAUUUCCUCCUAGUCAUCUCUAGAAAGCUGUUACUAAAACACGUUAGAAAUGGUCAGGCCAAUAGUUUAAUGUUGGUAACACAAUGUGAAAUAUCCUUAUCAAUAAAUGAAAUAAUACUGCUCAGGGCUUACGGCUAUGUCUGAAUUUAUUGCUGUGUCUGAAUUUGGAGGCUCAGGUGGGGAAAGGUGUUACCAGAUUGAUAAAAUUCAUAUUUGAGUCAUCGUCCAUGACAUGUGCUAGCACCUAAUGGAUUCUAGGCUCUCUUUUUGAUGCUUGGGGAUCUAGAGUUCGUUCCUCAUGAAACUUACACCUUGCAAAAACACACUCUAAAUGUACAGAGUCAUCAAGUAACUCAACAGUCAAGUAACUACAGGAAUAGAAGGAAACCAAGAGAUGAAGUGGUCAGCUCUGUAAAGAAAGUCAACAUAGCCUGCCUCCUUAAUCAUGACUUACCAUAUUCAAGACUGUGUCCCUCAGAAUCGUUACUGCUUCAAUAGGAAGGAAUAGAAAAGAAACUUGGAAAAAUAAGACAUUUUUGAGUGAGAUAAAAAGCAGAAGGAAACCCACAGUUAAUUUAACUCAAAGUACUGGGUUCAGUGAGUGUGAGCAUAGUAGGUUCCUUUACUCAAGGCAAAUGUCUGUUCAGAGUUAAAGCAGGAGCUGGAAAACCUUAAGGCAAACAGAAGUCAAAUUUUCAGAGAGGUACAAACAAAGGUCAUGAUACAGAGGGAAAGGAGCAAUUAACAUGGGGUGGGGAGCAGACGGGAAUCAGUGAAAAGUUUACCGAUGAGAUGGCAUUUUAAUGAAGCUUUGCAGGAUUAGUAUUUCAGCUGAUAGAGGAGGAGAGAGACUGGAGAGCCAUCUAGCCAAAACUCAGGCAUGAAAAUCCAUUGGGUGUGGGGAAAUGCAGUGGGGAAUGAGGCUGGAAAGAUAAGCUAUGAUGAGAUGACACGGCCCGGUCUAGGAUGACACACGUGAGGUGCCUGGGGUGCACAAUUUAAGGAGGCAUUCACUCUCAGGGUCGGACAAGCGGGGUUGGCACAGUGGCUUUGGUCAUUAAGUAGAGGGUUGAUGUCAAAAUUUCCCACAUGAGAGACUUCUGCUUCUGGUAAGAUGGAGUAGAUGUACCUUUCCUUACGCUUCCCACUAACUGCAACUAAAAACCCUGAACAUAUAAAACAAACAUAAGACUCUGACAGAUGGAGAGACGAAAACAGACAAGCUUAGUAACCUUGAGAUCCAAGGAAACAUGGUGGUGAGUCCCCUGGAUUUUGUUUUUGCUUCAUAUUUCCAGACUUGGAGCCAAAGAAGCUGGCAACCUGGAAACACCAGUGGGUGCAGACAAAAAAUCCCAACAAAAGCCUGCUGUUUCUAGCCAAAGGACCAGGAAACAGGCAGUCUAGAAAGAAGGAAAUAACUGCUGUGUUCCAGCCAAAUGCCACAGAAAAAACUGGUCUCACUUCUCCUCCCCUUUCUGUCCCCCACAGCAGAGACUACAUGCAGAAACUAGACUUCCAUUAUCACCAGGCUCUAAAGAGGUGUCCCAACCCCCUCUCUCCAGGUUAGUGCCCGAGAAGCCUGAGUAGAGCUGAGACCUGCAUCCCUUCCCAGCCCCUGUGGUGUCAGUGGAGACCUUGGGAAGUCUGGACUUCCGCCCUCAUCUGGUGGAGAUGAGGCACUGUUCCACCUAACCGAUGCAGUGAUACCAGAAGAAGCCUAGUGGAAAUUCAAGACUUUAUCUCCCAGCAGUAAUAAAGCCACCUCCAAUGUGGUGUCAUUGGAGACCAAAGCACGAGGGGUUUUUUCUUCAGUCUUUACCAUAAGAACCUAAUUGAGUUCCUAGAGGUGAAGCUUCCCAAGUUAACACGGUAAUUAUGUUCUGCAUUGGUGGCGGUAUCCUUUUGGCUGUGCUUGUGCUGAUGGCUGCUGUCAUCUGUCUUUACUACAAAGUAGCCAACGCAUUGAAAGUUCCAAAGGUACCUAUUUCUUCAGCCUUAAAAGAUGAUCCAAACAUGGUCACCCAGGACAAGGUCACUGCGGCCAUCACCACUGGGUCUUAUCCCAGCCUCCAGUGCUGUGAUGAAUGUAACUUGUAUGCUGGCUUUGAUGCCCUGCCACCGUGCUUCUGUGAUGCAAACGAGGGACUCUGACUUGGGUGGGCACAAAUAUCCUUGUGAGCGAUAUUUCUUUAUUAGUAGAAUGUUUUAUUAUUCAAGUCAAGUUUUAUACUGUUUACAUUAUAUCAUGUACUAUGUAACAUAUUUAUGUACUUUUGAAUAACUGAAAUAUUGAAAAUAAUCCUCUCUGCCUCCAGUAUUGUUGUUGUUAGUUAUAAAAGUACUUAAAUUUGUGUAGUACCCACUUUGGGACUUGGGGCAACUAGCUUAUAAAGUUAUACUGCAAUGUAAGGAGAGUUAGAGUAGAAAAUACACCUAUAUAUCCAACCCCAGAAAAAAAAUAUUGACCUUAGAGUGUUUCUAGUUUCAGACCCUGCUAAACUUCCCACGGUCGGCCCUCCUCCUUCUAAGGGCUUCAUUCACUCUCAUCCAGCUACUCUACCAUGGGCAGUUGUUACACUGCCCUGGAGGGAAACUCCAUUCAUCCCAGAGGGAGAACAGCCAGAUGGGCUACCUCUGGGUUGAGGUUGCCUGAUAUGUGCAAUCAUGGGGUUGAGCUCUGUGGUGUCAAAAGGACAUUUUAAAAACCUGAGAUUCCUCCUCCUGCUAUCCUCCAAAUCUUCAGAAGCAGAUUUUUUUCUUCUUUUUGGAUCACUUUAACACUGAUUAUUGCUGACUCAGCUGUCAGUGUCUUUAACUGCAAACAGGAACCUCCCGCUGAAUGGUGAAGCCCAGAUCCUCCUGGUCUCAGCAGUAGGCAGGAGGGUGCACCCCUUGUCACUCCUGCUCGUCUGCUCCCUUCUGUUCCUGCUUUUUCCUCUGAACCUCUGGAACCCCCUUCUAACCAUAGACUCUCCAUUUGUAACCACAAUUUGUUCUUUUUUUAAAAAAAAAAAACAUUUGAAAUGUUGA